GACAGUUGUUUGUUGACUGUUGUUGUCGAGAGUCCUGAUAUUUUUGUACAAAAAUAGAUCUCAAGUUGUUUUGGUUGUGUAACUCGUAAUUUAUUGUAAAUAACUGAAAUGAGGUGGAGUGAGAACGAGACAUAUCAGUUCGUGAAAAUAUAUCUCAGUCAUGAACUCCUGUGGAACCCUGAGCAUUCAGCGUAUAGGUUAAAAAAUAAACGGUUAAAAGCUUACAGAGAGAUUAUUGCCGAACUAAAUGAAACAACAGGCAUUUUGCUGAAUGAAACUGAGCUAAAAAUUAAGAUAAAGAAUCUUAGAUCGACGUAUAUGCAAGAAAUAGUGAAGAUAAAACAGCGGUCUAGCGCAGAAUGGGCGUACAAACCGAAUAUGAAAUGGUUCUCGGAAUGGCACAAAUGCUUCGGUGGUAUUAAGAAGCCAGUUGAAGAUGCUUCUACGUUUGAUAGUCAGCAAGAUUCAAUAGAUGAAACAAAUCAAAAAAUUUGGCUAUCAACUGAGGAUAACAUGGAAGAGGAGAUAUUAGAACCAUUCCCUGACGAUGAAGAGUACACCCUCAUUUUAAAAACAGAACCCCGGGAUGUUCCACAUUUGAACGAAACCAGAUAUCAAAAUAAAAAGAAAAAAAUAAAACACAGAAGGCCCAGUACAGACUGUUCAGAGAGGACUUUUUCUGAAAGCAUAGACUCAAGUACGGAUUUAAAAGAGGAUGAAUUUGAUAUCUAUGGCAAGUAUAUUGCAUCACAACUGAGGAAGAUGGAUUUACAGAAGGCUUUGAGAGUACAACUUGAGAUACAAAGUCUAGUGAGUGAAGCUAGACUAUCAGGUUUGAAUGGGAAGCAUUAAAAACUUAAGUCAGUAUAAUGUAACUACUUUUAGUUAAAGAAUGAUCCUGCAUAAUUGCACAAUUUUAUUUUAUUUUUUCUAAAUGGCACUUUGAAGGUCUUUCUAAGAAAAAAAACUGAAUUUAUGGUAUUUUUUUAUGAUGAUGGCAUAAUGCUACAAUUGAUCUCAUUUUAGCACAAAGUUGCUUAAGUUUUAAGACAAAUUGGAGAAGUCAUUCCUAAUUUUAAGAAUUGAAGCUGUGAAGCUUUAUAAUAAUGUCUGAAAUAUAUUAAAUCUAAAGCCAAGUAAUUUCAGACACAAUAUUAAUUAAUAAUUUAAAAACUGAUUAAGCAUAUUACUAAAUGGAUGAUGGCUAAUAUUUUUCCCUUAUAAUAAUGUGAAUCAAAAUAACAUCUGUUUGCAGAAAAUAAACAUAAACCUUUUCACCAAUGUA